AUUAAAACCUAACAUAUAAAUGUCUGGUCAUUAAAUCAUAACCUAACCUCAGAGUCGUAGUUAAUAUUAGAGCAACAACAACAUCUUGACAGCACAACCAAUUCAACAGCAAUCUUAGAAUCCCUUGAACUAUCCAAGCAAUGCUAUUCCUGCCCCUUUCAUGCCUCCUCAAAUGGCUCAACAAUCAUAUGUGCAAUCUCAGGUAUACUAACCAAGACCGAUGGAAAAUACAGUGAGAAUUUAACAGUAGCCCGAAGUACAUUGUCCAUUUUGUUUGACUUGUUAAUAACAUAAGAAUGAUUUAUUAGCAAGGUAAGAAGCAUAAAAGGCUAAGCCCCAAUAAGGAAAUAGUAAUUUUCCAGAGUACGAGUAUGGUGUUUGUCCUGAUUGUGAAGGUGUGACUGGGGAUGGAGACCCAGAAGAUGAUAUUGGAACAGAAAAUUAAAAACUUCGAGAUGAUAUUGCUGCAAAAGCCAAGGCAAAUAGAAAAUUAAGGAAUGAUGUGGCUCGAUUACAGACUGAAUUAGAUCGAAUCAAACAUCUACCAGAAGAAAACGAGAAAUUGAAAGCGAUGAUCGGUCCGUUAGAAGAUUAAUUAAGAGAUGCAAGACAUAAGAAUCAAGAUUUACUUGAUGACAAUAAUAAAUUGGGAAAUGUAAUCUAAGUAGUCAUAUUCUUAGCAAGUCAAAGAUCUAAGAAAUAAUAUAGACAAAGCAAAUAAUGCAGCUAAAGAUAAUGAUAAUAUGAAAAAAGAAAUUGAAGAUCUAAAAAAGAAGAACAAAGAUAAUGAUAAAGUUUUGGAAGAAAACAACGAUCUCAAGAAUAAAUUGAAUAGGUUGAAGGGUGAUAGAGAUAAAAUGUUGGCAGAUCUUGCAGCUUUGGAAAAAUAAAAUGGAGCAAUCAAGUAAACAAAAUUAUUAAGUUUUAAGGGAUAAAUUGGGUAAACUGGCAAAAGAGAAUGGUGAUCUCUAAAAAGAUUUGGGAGAUUUGAAAAAGACCAACAAGGAUCUAGAAAAGAAAUGCAAUGAUCUUCAAUUAGAUAAUGAUAAUUUACAUUUGAACUUAGGUGAUGUAAAAGGAGACAGAGACAAAACAAAAGACUAAUUAAAUGACUUACAUAAAAAUAGAAACUAAUUGCUUGAUGAAUUGGGCAAAGUGAGAGACAAAUUAAAAGAUGCAGAGUAUACUCAUAAUCUUUAUAUUAUUCUAGAAAGGAUAAAGAUGACCUUGGCAAAAAAUUGAAUAAUGUCCAAAAUGAUGCAAAAAAGGCAGGCGAUGUACCUAAAUUGAAAAGAUAAUUAGACAAUGCUUUAUUAGAAUUAGAUGACUUGAAGGCUGAAAGAGAAGAAUUAGAGUAAUCUAAAAUACUUAUUGUAGUUAACAUCUAAAACAAGUUCAUGAUGAUUAUAAUAAGGCUUUGAAAAUAUUGAAAGAAAAUGGUCUCUUAGGACUCUUAGAUCCAUCUGAAUAGUAACCUGGUUAAAAACCUAAUCCCAAUGGAUAAUUUGGACCAACCGCCUAGAAUUAGCCGUACAAUCCUAAUUAGUAACCUCUCUAUGCUCCAAAUGGAUAGCCUCUCUAUGGUCCCAAUGGAUAGCCACUAUAUGGUCCUUAAAAUGGCUAACCUGCUUAUGGACCUAAUGGACAACCUAUUUAUGGACCAAAUGGUUAACCAGUUUACGGUCCUGUUGGAUCAUAUGGACCACCAGGUCAAUAGGUUAAUAGUGCAUAUUUAGGAACUCCUAAUUAAGUUUCUUAGAACAAAAUGGGUAUUAGUCCCAUGAAUUAAUCAAAUUAAUGGGGAGGUGCAAGUGGAAACGUUGGAAGACCCUCCUAUGAAGAAUUAAUGCUAGACAACAUUAGAAUGAAGAAAUGCAUCGAUUAGUUAAACUAUGAUUUAAAGAGUAGUAAAAAGUGA